AUGGAAGGGCUAAGAGAGUCCAACUCAAUUCUUACUUCCAUCUCUAACUGGAUUCUUGCCAAAAGCGCUGAGAUCGAAUAUGCCCGCUCAACCAAUGGCGGAUGGGAAGGCUGGUCGCAAGUCGAGCUUGCAUGGAUCCUGACUCGUGAUCAUACCUAUAAGUAUGACCAGGGUUCUAACAUACUCAUCAGCCGAGAGUCUCACCUGUUCGGAGAGAACUCGCUCAAAGCCGAUUUUGAAAUCUCCGGGCCAGGCGGUGUCGUGUUUGAGCUGAAGUGUGAGAGAGGUCCUAGAAUGGUGGAUGACCCGCACAACCAGGGCCAAAUGAAGGAGGACACGACCACCCUCAAAAGUUCGGCUGGGCAGCUGUUCACCGGCCUGAGAGCCGACCAGGCCAAGGUAGCUGGACUCAAAGCUUCUGCAGGCAUCACAGCUGUCUUUGUGAUCGGAAUCUCAGUCACACGCGAGGCUUAUGAAAAAAUGGCUACAAUGCCGCAAGACGAAAAUGCUUUUAAGCUUUAUACUGCUACCGGGAACGACAACACCCCGAUUUGUUUGUGGUGGUGGCAAAAGCCCAUGCCGUGA